GAGACUGCGCGAUGCGCUCCGCCUCAGUGCUGGUGCUGGUGCUGGCGCUGGCCUGUGCCAGCAACGAUCGCUGUCAGGAUGUGACGAACGAAAUGUGUGCCGGGCAGCCCUACAGCCGGGCCCAGAUGCCCAACAUUCUGAACCACACGACCGUGGAUAUGGCGGCGCUUGAGGCGCAUCAGUUCGCGCCGCUGGUGAAGGUCCGUUGCAGCCCUAGCCUGACGUCGUUCGUCUGUCUGCUGUACUUCCCUCCGUGCACAGUGCUGGACGCUGCGACGCCGCCGUGUCGCGAGCUGUGCCAGGCAGCCAGGGACGACUGCGAGCCGCUGAUUACCAAGUUUGGAUUCCGUUGGCCGUUCUCCUGCGAGCAGUUCCCGGCGGCCGGUGAGCUGUGUGUCGGGGCGCCGGAUAACGUCACGACGCCGCCGCCGCCAUCGCCGUCAGCUGGGACCACCGCUCUCCCGCCGUCAGCAGGGACGUCCGCCGAGCCCGUGCGGCCGACGCCGGCGGCCUGCGGGACGGCGCCGCCGCUGACCGACCUGGCCACCGUCGACCACAUGCUGACCCAGCUACUGCAGUACUCAGAGCGGCUGCAGAGGAUGCAAGAGCAGAGCCUACAAAUGGAGCAGCGGACACUCCGGCUGGAGCAGCGGAAGCUUCGGCUGGAGAUUGAGCUGCUGCAGCGACAGCUGCGCUCCGGCUAGGUGCGGCGGCGCCGGCGACUGUGGACGGGCAGCAGCUAUUCGGUCAGUUGCAGCGUCGUCGUCGGGAGGGCGGUAACACACGACCAGAG